CCCGAAUGCCUUAAUCAACUCGCGAGCCUUCUUCUCCUCUCACGCGGCAGUUCCUUCUUCCGAUUCAUCUCCCCUCUUCUUCUUCUCUUCCUCUGCCGGCACAAACCACACGCGGCAGUUCUUCCCUUCUUCCAGUCUCCACUUCUCUUCUUCUGCUUCGCCGACAGCCGCCCUUCACUAUGCCCUAGUUCUUCCUUUUUCAUGCCGAGCCGUGGGCCUUCUCCACCCGACGCGAAGCAUCUCAACGCCGCCGACCCUGCCCGUGCCCUAACGCCGACACCUCCUGGCACAGUCAACGCCGUCCCUCUCCCUCUCACGGCCUUACUCCAUUUGCCACUCGCUAUUCCCGGUGACCAUCGAGACAGACGCCAAGCCGUGGGAUCGAUUACCAUCCGCUAGCCGCCGGUGACCUCUGCCGCUACCCUUGGAUGUCAACCUGUGCCUAGCCGGAACUUGGAGGUCUUUUCCCUUGGCAUUGACUCUUCUGGUGUUAAAUUUUUCCCCUGAUCAGAUUGCCCCUUUGUCUUUGCCACUGUUUGAGGUCACGGGAUUGGAGAAGACGAUCAGGAAGGUCUUGCUGGGGUAUUUGAUUGGGUACUUGAUUUGGGGGCAUUCGUUGGGUGCUCAGCAGGUAUGGAUGUUUUCUAUGAAGCUGGAAUCGUGAGCAGUGUUAGCCAGAACUGUUAUAUUAAGAAGGAGCUUAAUCUCCGACAGAGGAGAUGGAUGGAGUUCCUGAAGGACUACGAUUGUACCAUUAGCUAUCACCCGGGGAGAGCUAAUGUGGUUGCCGAUACGCUUAGCAGGAAGUCCGGCAUACUGCUCUAUACAUUCUUCUUGUUCAGUUGGAAUCACUUCUCUUGCCAAAUCAAUGAGACACUAAUCAAAGAAACAGAUGAUUGUUGGGCUGAGCACGACCGCGACUCCCAGGGAUACCUAGUGGCCAACAGAAGAACAUUUCCAUCAGGAAUCAAAGCUCUUGCAGAUUAUGUGCACAGCAAGGGGCUUAAGCUUGCAUUUACUCAGAUGCAGGCUCUGAGAUGCCUGGUUCACUGGGGUAUGAGAAGAAAAAUGCUGAAACUUUUGCUGCAUGGGGAAUAGAUUACCUCAAGUAUGACAACUGCAACAAUGGAGAUUUGAAACCCAUGGAGAGAGUGACUAAAAGUCUUGAAAAGAACACCAUAUGCACCAUCAAUCCCAGAGAAUGGACUGUAAGCAUGUUUAUGAGAAGGAACCAGUAAUCCACUACAUAAGCACAAAGAAACCACAUCCUCGAUGCCCAGUUGCAGGUUGCCCAAAAAUUCUCCAAGUUGAACGGGUUGUAUGCGGCGCCUUGCUUACAAUAGAAAUUGAUGAAAUACGUUUGGCAUCAGCUACAAACAUAAAUUCAACAAUGGUAGAAGAUUUUAUAGAAGUUGAUUGAAAAUGGCAACACUGCUCCCUGCAACUGUAAGCUUAAUAUAAUUUUUCAAGGUGAUUGAGCCCCUGUCGAUGAUUUUUCAUCAGCCAAUGCGAUUUAGGCAUCAUAGUUAAUUAUCUUUUGAUGUUGUAAGAUGAAUAUUUGUGUAAUUUGUGGAUACGGACUUGAUGUGUACAAUAUCUAUUAUCUUUUUAUAUUGUAAGAAUAAUAUUAUGUAUUGGUAACAUGGAUAUUUACUUGGUGUGUUUAGAUA